GCAUUACACAUCUGGAAGACGUCUGAGUAUUGGAAUAUUAACAUUUUUCAAAAAUGACGAACAUAACUGGUGUGUUUUGUCUGCUUUUCUUUGUUUUUCGAGCUUUUAUUUUCUUUACGGAAAUUGGUGGAAACAAUCUUGUUUUCGCGAUUAAGGCAAGAAAUCGAGGCCGCCAUUUUUCUAACAGCCAAGGUCAUGAAGUCAGGCAAAGAAAGGGAAAACCGAUACAAUUUAGUGUCCUGAAAAACACAACAGUUCAUAUUGGUAGAACCGCUGUAUUUCGCUGUGUAAUCACGGGCUCGCCAUCCAGGAUAAGAUGGAGACACGAUGGCAGGAACAUACCGCAUUUGCAAAGAUACCGUACACGGUCAUAUUCCUGGGGAGGAGUCUUGAGAGUGAGAAAUGUGAGAGUGUCGGAUUAUGGCGUGUACACAUGUAAAGCAAGGAAUAAUUUUGGCCAGAUGACGUCAAAUAAAGCUUAUCUAAGAAUAAGAGGUGUUAACCCACGUCAUCGUGAAAGAUGCGAAGCAUACACUGGAAAUCUGUGCUCGAAUCACGUUGGUUCAAGCCAACUGUUUAUUAAAUUUGGUCAGACUCAAAGGGACACAGAGAAAAAGAUUGAGGACAUUUUCAGAAAAAUGUCUUCUUAUGUGUCAUCGAAAUGUAAAACUCAUCUUCUUCCCUCACUGUGCAAGUAUUACUUUCCACCUUGUGCACCAAAUAGAAAGAGACCCAGAGCCGUUCCGAUAUGUCAGAAAGACUGUAUGCAUUUGGAACAAGACGUAUGUCAAUCAGCAUUUAUUAUUGUUAAAGCAAUAUCGGGAAAUUUAAGAUUUCAACUUCCAACAUGCGGUAAUCUACCUCCAGCUAACUCAGACAGUUCACCAACUAACUGUCAAAGAAUAUUUUCGUCAGAAGUCAGAUCUAAAGCAUUAGAAAAAUCACAAAGAUCGAGAGGUGAAAACCAUGCCGAAAUACUGAAAUCACUAUUUACUAUCGUUAGUGGAAUACCACACGAUACCGAGGCAAGAUCAAGAGAGGCGAAGAAAAGCAGGGAUCCUGAAGUAAAUGUGGACAGCGUGAAGGAAAUUGACGAGCAAUACAAAGGAACAUGCGAACCGUAUACAGGGAGUGUAUGUUCAAGAUACAUCGCACCAGGAAAGAUGAUCUUCAUCUUAGAAAACCAUACUCAACGAGGAUACGAAAGGAAACUAAAUCGUAGUUUAUCUGCAGUAAUACCUCUCACCUCAAGUAAAUGUCGUAAAUUUGCUUUGAAGGCUUUGUGUUAUUACUUCUUUCCACCCUGCAUCCAGAAUAACACAACACCAAACCUUAUCUGCCGUAAAGAUUGCGAAAUACUCGAGGCUCAAAUUUGUUCGAAAGAAUUUCAAUAUGCCAAAACGAUGCCAAUUGGAGGUGAAAUAAUCCCGGAGUGUGUGAACUUGCCAGAGAAACAAGAAACCUGUUUAGAACUCGGGAUUUCUGAUGAAAUUGUAAGGCCUGACCCAGAAUGCUACGGAAAUCGUUACCGAAAGCGAGGUAAACCUAUUCCACAACGACCACUUAAGUUCAAAAAUUCAUCUGACUGGUGCGAACCUGAAUAUCAAGAGAUCACAUCACUUCCAGGUUUUGUAAAACGACGACUCGGAAAUAUUGUUAAGAAUAUAUCAAUAAUGAAUGCUGGUGAAAUGAUGGUCGGGAGAAACAUGAAAAAGUAUUGUAUUCAUAUACAGAAGAAAACAACACAAGAAUUUUUUAAUGAUUCGUAUAUGAGAACUGUUGCUUUACCAAACAUGCUUCAUCCAAAUCCGGACAGGCAGUUAUCUGGAAUAGUAGUGUUUGUGAAAAACAACAUAUCCUUUCAGACUGAAGUCCCUCUUGGAAAAUUGUCUGUAUAUCAACCACACAAGUAUAUAGAACUCUCGAAUGUUACGUUUUCUUAUCGUUUCUCGAGCACUCAUAACACAUUCGUGGGUCGUGGGGAUUAUAGACUAUGUGAUUCAAAAUUUAAGGUAGAAAUUGAAAGAACACAAGAAGAUAAUGUACGUAUUCAUGGGAAAUCAUCUGAUCCGGUUGAUGUUGAUAAAAUUGAACUAACAUUUGGGAUGGAGCAAGCAUCGGAAAGAAUGUUGAAGAUUUUAAAAACAUACGGAGUAUUUUCAUUGCGAAUUAUGAGACCACAUCUUGAGAUGUUCCUCAGUAAGACAGUGAGCGCCAAAUUCUCUGGACUUUCCUUCGUUGAGAAGUUUAAAACAAAUGCCAGAACAGAAAUAUUCGUCGGCAAAUUAUACAAGAAGUAUUUGUUGACUACCGGAAUGAUUUUUAAUGGAGUACCGUUAGGAAAAUUUGUCUCAUCCUUCAGUGGAGUCUAUCUGAGGUGGUUGGACGUGCUUCAAGCAAACGACGGAAAGAACAAGAUUGGUCUUUCAUUAUCUGCACACCAUGUGGAUCUAAGCGAUAUUCCAUUUAUGACUUACACUUCGGAACCUCUGGCCUCCGCUUUUAGUACAACUAUCCCCAAGGGACUUUAUAUGGCUGCAUUGACCGGGACGCCAAAAACGUGUCAUGAUCAUGACAACUUUUGCCAGUUUCUUCAAAUAGUCCUUGGUAGAGACAAAGAAUUCAUGCUAACGGGCGAGACAGGUUGGCAAUGGGCUCACUUCAAGGCUUCCAUUCAGAAUCCAGCCAUGUCACAACAGUUACCAGUGGAAAAAGUAAACAUUGAAAUAAAGGGAAACAACAAAACUGGUUUGUUAUUUGGAGUUCAACCUUUCCUGACAUACAAAGUUAAUGGUGACCUAUUAGCUUCAGAUGAGAAAAUAAAAAGAAUAGUUUUCACUGGAACAUUAUAUUACAGCACUUCUGGUCGAGAGCUGGAAGGAAGAUUGAAAACUAAUGCGGUUUGGAAGAAUGCAUUUGGUUAUCCUCAGCUUACUUUUAAACGAAUGUCAGCUGGAAUAUCUGUUCGCCUCGUGAGACCUCAUUUUCCUAAUAAACUUGAAACAAGAGGAGAUUUCGAAAUUGGUUUACACUGUAGUAAAGAUGAGUACGAGAACGAGUGUAUUACUGGAACAGCGUUUAUUGGAAUGUCUGAUGAAAUAAGUGAACGGUAUUUCCAUGGUAUUAUGUCACGUUUUACCAUUCAAGAUAUUCUUCGUGUGCAUGGAGUACGUUCAACUCUACCACCACCUAUUGCAAACAUUGGUUUUCCUGAGGGACUUGAGAUAACAUUUGCAAAACAAAUUCACAACUUGGAGGGCAUUGGAGGACCAAUAAUCAAACCAGGGUUUACGAUGAAAGGAAGAAUACGAGUACUGGGGCUAGAAAGCGAUUGUUCUGUAAAUCUUAAACCCAAUGAGUUUAUUGUUGAUGCCGAUAUCAAUGGAAAGAAAGGUCCUAUUAAACUUGGUGGAGUAACACCGCUGUACAGAUCAAGACGUGACCGGAAGAACGGACCAAAGUUAUAUUUAGAAACGCGAUUCUCUCCAAAACCUUAUGUCAAGGCCCACAUUGAUGGCUACACACGAAUAUUUGGUAUUUUCGACGAAAUCCGUAUUCUGAUGACAAGAAGAUAUUUCACAAUACGUAUGGUCACGAGUAUCUUCCAGUCUUUCAAAGUUCGUAUUAACGUCGUAGCCAACUAUAGCGAAGAUCUUAGCAGAACACAUUUCAAAGCCAAAGUUAUCUUUGUUGGCGGCCUAGCGAAGUUAACAAGAGCAUCAUCGAAACACGUGAUGCAAAUACUGAGAAAUGAGAAAGAGAAAUUGCAAACAGCUCGAAAAGAGAUGAAUGUCAUAAAAUCAGAAUGCCAGUUGGACAGUAAAGCACAUUGUGAUGUCUGUUUAAGAUCGUCUACGUGCAGCAGCAAACUGGAUUCAUGUAGACAGAAACUUACAUUGAAUGAAAGGUUAGAGUAUUCACGAAGCUCAGCAACCCACUUUUGCCAACGAAUUGUAAGAAACAAUUGUCAGCUUAUUGCUGAUGAUUGCAAAGCUGUUUGUCAGAAUACCACCGAGACAAAUCAUUCGUGUAGAACGCUUGGUCAAUCGCAAAAGACAAUCGAAGAUAUGAAGCGAAACUUACUAUGGGUUAGUCAAGUGAAAGCAAUAUUCACUAGUGGUUUAUGCCAAGUGCACAGUAUUAUAUUUGAGACAAAAUUAACACCGGACUAUAUUGGAGAUAUUUACGUCAACGCAAAACUCGAUAUUACUAUAUUUGGUCAACGACAGAAAAUUGAUGGAGUUAGAUUAAGAUUUGGCCAGUUUGCUCGAUUAGCCGCGGACAUAGCCAGAAAUGCGGUGGAAUGGUACAGAAAGACAAACACAUGACGUCAUUGAUCAAUACAGGAAAGAACUAAGAAAUCUGAGUUCCCAAAAGGCCACUCAUGGAUGAUAUUCGCAACUGCAUGAAUCCCACCAACAAGGAUGUACUUUUAAAAGUAGAAACGUAAUGUAAAAAUGACGAUGAUAUAUAUAAGGUCUUUAGUAAGAACGAUGCGAUCCCGUCGGGGUCACUAAUAGUCACCCUAAUAAGAGACUUUGCAGGGGGGGGUGGCUACUAUAUACUGGACUAUAUGUGUAAACGAAUGGUGUACAUUGCUAUUCCCAAAUACUAUACGAAAAUCUCCAGUAGUCAAGCAGAAAUGACAGUAAAAUACUAAAUAAUUAUAUUGAUACUCGAGAGUCAGAAGAGAGUAGCCUUGGCUAAGACUUUAACUAAUACUACCCUUUUACACUAACCAUAUUUAAAAUACAGCGCUUGGUAACCAAGCUUUCUUAUUUAGUGACCUUCACCAUAGUUUGCAGUUUGGAACUUUAUGUGAACAUUUAAGAUAUAAGUAUAUGUCGCAGGUUAAAUGUUUAUAGUUGAAUAAGAAUCAUCAAUAGAGACAUAGCCUUGAAACUCAGUAGAAGUUGUUCAUGAUUUUAGAAACGUAUGGACAGUGAAUAGAACGAUGCCUUAAUAGGGGAGAUUUUGUGCACGGUGAAGUUGAAUCAAUCCACCUGACGUCAUCAGGGAGAGCAAUAGAAAUAAGAUAACACGAUUUCGACUUACGGGCUAUUGUUUGGAGUAUUGUCACUGUGGAUAGUGACCAAACGUUUAACGAUGAAAUUGCCAAUCAUGUCAACAUGAAGGGAGGGGGGGGGAGUGAAACUACUUUUUCUGCUAUAGCAGGGGAAAAACGAGGAAUUUGCAUUGUUCACGACACAAGUUAGUAUCUGGGGCCACGCCAGUUGUAUGAAAGCCGGAUAGCGCCUUCCACCAGAUAGUGUUUUUUCAAUCUCCUCAAAAUCGCCUGUUGUUUGGUAUAACUUCGAUUAAAUCUUAGUAUUCCUAAAUUAAGGAUCCCCUCUAACGAUUGUUGGUUUCAAAGCUGAAAUUUUAUUGCUCUUCAAGCGGAUGAAAAAAUCACUAUCCCGUGGAUAGCGCUAUCCAGCUUUCAUA